AUGGACGCAUAUCGCCGUACCGGUCGGGGCGGCGCCGGUAAUUACUAUUCACAAAAGGACAUUGAAGCCGUCAUCCAAAACACGGCCACGCCUCCGGACGUUGAAGCCCAGAAACAGACACACGCCAACAUAGACGCGCCGCCCUCGGAUCCGGCCAACGUGCCGCAAGAUCCAGCCGCCAUUCCCUCGACAACUCCCUCGCAAGGCUAUGCGCGGUCUGGCCGCGGCGGCGCAGGCAAUUUUGUCGACCCAGCCACUGCCGCAAGUACUAUCUCAGCCCAGCGCGCGCUGGAUCCACAGCAGAGGUCCGCGACAGUGCACACGACCGGUGUACCAACGUCCAAACCGGCGCAGACGGCGCGGGCAGGGCUUUCGGGGCGAGGUGGCGCGGGCAAUUGGACGACCGACGAGGGUCAGAAGGUGUAUAAUGAAGAGCAGGAGAAGAAGAGAAAGGCCGCACUAGAUGCCCAAGUAUUUAAUGAUGUCAAGGCUGGGCUUCAGCCACCCAGGCGGGUCUAUCACAUGCACGAUGCUGGACACGGCAAGGGGAAGUCGGAGGAACCCGAGCUGUGA